UAAUAACAUGAAGCUUUACACUGUGUGCCAUGGAACAGAACUACCCGAAUGCAAGUUGAAGCUAGGCCGCUGCAUGCCAUGACAAGAAUUGGGGGACUCAUUCGUGACUGUGACCAUGUGCGCUUUGCAGCUGCCAAGCUAAAGAACAUCGUCGGGCUAGCACAAUCUAAGUUGUGAUAAGCCGGCUAGACUGAGUAAUUGGUGCAAACGCCGUCAUGCAUUGCGCAGCCGGCAGCAGCGGUGUCGGCGCCCAACGUGGUGCCAGUGCCAGCGGCUCCAGUAACGCGUCGUGCCUCCCGGGUUCGCGGCAUGUGCUGCCGACCAGCCGCACGCUGCCGAGCUGCAAAUCGGCGGCACCAGCACCAAAUCCGCGUCAGGCGCCAGGCGCCUGCUGGCGCCUGCUGCAUUGCACGUUCACGCGCAGCGCCAGGCCAGCGGCAGCAGCCACCGCUGCCGCUGCGUUCUCUUCCGCCACCGCCGCCGCUGGCAUCACCACGCGGCCCCAGCAGCUGCCCCCAGCUGCCAGCACAGCGUCAGUGGCCGCAAUCACUGGUAGUCCCUGGCCCGCACGGCCAAAGAGCCGCUCGAGCAGACUCUUCCCUGCACCCAGCAGCGGCGGCGGCGGCGGCGGCUUUCACAGGGGCAGGGGUGGUGGUGCGGGCGGACGGUGCAGCGCUCUGCCACGCCACUACGGCCCCGUGGAGCUGAGGCAGCUGCCAGGCCGGGGCCGGGGCCUGGUGGCGGUGCGGGAGCUGCGCCCCGGUGACCUGGUGCUGGUGGCACUGCCGGUGGCGGUCGUGUACAGCGGCGGGCGGGGCGAGGAGGCGGAGGAGGGGGAGGGGGAGGAGGGAGAAGAGGAGGGGGAGGGAGAAGAGGAGGAGGAGGAUAAGGAGGAAGAGGAGGAGGGCGAUGAGGGCGACGCUCCGCCGGUGGAGGCGCUGGCUCGGCGCAUCACGCGCGGCCCGCCCCUGAGUGCCGCCCAGCGCCGGCUGCUGGCGCUGAGCUAUGACGGCAGUGCCGCCAGCCUGCAGGCCUGCCCCAACAUGGGUGCGCUGCUGGAGGAGCUGCAGCGGCUGGAUGUUGCUACAGCCGCGCGGCAGGAGCCUGAGGGCGCGGCGGCAGUAGCACAGCCAGCGGGCAGGAAUGGCGGCGGCGGUGGCAGUGGCGGCGGUGAUGGUGGUGGGCUGAGCUACAGCCGGGUGUUGAGGCUGCUACAGCUCAACUGCUUCUCCGAGGCCACUAUGGACCCAGCCGCCGGCAUUGCGGCGGCAGAGGCGGCUGUAGCAGCGGUGCGCAUGGCAGCCGCGGAGGAGGGGCUGGGGUUGGCGGCAGUAGCAGCCGGUCUUGGCAGUAGCACUACUGACGCCGAGGGGGCGGCUCGGCAGGGGCUGUCAGAGCUGGCGGCGCUGCCCUUCCUGCGUCUGGCGGCCACAGCCGCUGACGCUGGCGGCAGUAGCAGCAGCGCCUCUGCCGCCAGCACCACCAGUGGCAGCAGUAGCAGCGGUGGCAGCAGUGCCGCGCAGGGCCGCUGGUGGCGGCUGCUGCGGGAGCGGCCCGGCCACACGGGGUUGUGGACGGAGCACGCGCUCAUGAACCACUCGUGUGCGCCGGCCGUGUGCCAGUACGUGGUGGGGAGGGCCAUGGUGGUGCGCGCAGUUCGCCGCAUCCGUGCGGGCGAGGAGGUGUGUGACAGCUACCUGGGGCCGGAGCUGGCGGCGCCACUGCAGGUGCGUCGCGCCGCGCUGCAGGCCCAGUACGGCUUCACGUGCGCCUGCAGCCGCUGCUGCCUGGAGGAGCAGCUGGCGGAGCAGGCGGCGGCGGCGGCGCAGCAGCAGCUGCUGCUGGCCACUGACACUGGGGCGGCGGGGCGGCGGCCGCGCCUGCCGGCACUGCUGCUGGCGGCCUGGCAGGCAGUGGACUCGCGCGCGGCGCCGGCGGCGGUCCGACUCAUGCAGCUGGUCGCGUCGGGAGCGGCGGCAGGCGUGGAGGCGGAGCCGGAGGCGGACGAGGAGGAAGGGGAAGAGGAGGGGCUUGACGAGGGGCAGGAGGGCGAGGGCGAGGAGGACGAGGGCGAAGCGCUGGUGUGUGACGAGGCGGCGGCGGCCUGGGUGGAUCAGCUGCUGGGAGCCGCGCUGGCAGGCGCGGAGGAAGCGGCGGCUGCAGGCGAGCUCGCGGCAAGCAGUGGCGGCAGUAGCGGGAGCAGUGGCAGCAGCACAGCCGCUGGGCAGCUGCUGGCGCUGGCGAAUGCUCUGGACCGGCUGGUGGAGGCGGUGGCGGCGGAGGUGGACGCGGCGCUGGGGGGCGCUGCGCCGACGUCAGCAGAGCAUCAGGACUCAGAGCAGGGGCGGUGGCUGCAGUUCUGUGUGAGUGGCGCUCUGGACCUGUCCAUCACGUGUCGAAGGGUGGCAUUGAUGGCCUCUCAGCGCCAGUGCCAGCAGAACCAGGUGCAGGAGGGGCAAGAGUGUGCUGGCGGCGUGGAGGCAGUGGAGUCGGGGGCGGUGGUGGGAGCAGCGCCGGACUGGGCGGCGCGGCAGGAGCGGCUGCUGCGGGCGCGGCGGCUGCGGCUACUGGGCCUGGCAGCGGCGGCGGUGCCGGGCAGUGCCUUCCACGUGGACGCCGCGGUGGAGGCGGCCAUGGCGGCGGCGGAGGGGGCGGCGGAGGGGGCGGCGGCGGCGGCGGGGGCGGCGGAGGGGGGUCCGCUGGGGGUGCUGCAGGAGCUGCGGCGGUUGCGGGGGCGAGGACAGGGCGCAGGGCGGGCCAGUGGGCUUGACUCCGGUGGCGGUAAGGAGGUUGGGCAGCGGUCUAGGCGGCAGGGGGAAGAGGAUGUGGCGGCAGGGGAAGAGGUGGCGGCAGGGGAAGAGGAGGCGGAGCUGCGGGCGCUGGUGGCGGCGGGGUGGGGGCGAGACGAGGCGGGUGCGCUGCUGGUGGCGCUGCGGGCGCGGUAUGGGCGGCUGGGGGGCGUGGCGGCUGUGUCCGAGCUAUUGGAGGCGUGGGUGAAGGCGGGCUAGAGGUAUACCGCCUCUACAU